AUGGAAUAUUUUUAUAAUUUAAUAUCUGCACUGAGUUUAAAGCCUAACAUAUCAAUAGAAAACGAUAAACUUAUAUUACACGUAGAUAUUUGUAUAUCUAGGCAUAUUGUAAUAAUUGAGUGUUUAAAAUAUUCAUUUAUUUUAUUUAAAUCAGAUAUUGAAAUCUAUGAGAUACUCUUGGAACAUAAAAAACAUAUAAAGUAUGACAUCACAGAACAUACUUAUACAAUACAUAACAUUACAUGCCGAAAUAAAAUGUAUGGUAUUACAAUACAAGGCAUUCUUAAGUCUUUAUUCUCCAAACAUAUAUCAAGGUCACUUUUACAAACACCUUUUAUAGAGAAAAAUAUUUCUUGUCAAAAAUAUUUGAGAAAAAGAUCUUUUAAAAAUAUUCAUCUUUCUUUUAUGUCUUUUAUUGGAAUUUUUAACAAUGAAUUUAUUCUAGUUGAAAUUGACAGAGAAAUUUAUGCAAUAGAUCAACAUGGACUGCAUGAAAGAAUUUUGUAUGAAAGAUUUAAAGGCGAUGAAAAGAAAAGAAAAAGAGAUGCAUGUAGAAAAGCAAUAAAAUUUGGAGAUGUACUUGAACCAUGUUUUGUGGUAUAUUUGCUAAAUGAAAUGAGACUGUGUAAACAUCCAUUUAUUUGUGCACAUGGUAGACCUAUCAUUUGUGUUUUACAAAAAGUUGCUUGA